AGUGAGGCGCAAGCUAUCGAUAAGCCUUUUUAUAUAACUCUUGUGUCCGCCUCUCGUUGAUUUCCUUCUUUAGGAUUCUAUAAGUUUAUCCUCUUCUUUCUCUUUUCUCAGUUUUCAAUCUCAAUAUGGAGGAUGAUGAUCUACAGAGACCGUAUUCGGUUUGUACAAGAGAUGAUCUUAAAGAGAGGAUAACUAAACAGAUCGAUGUUAUCUCCGAGAUCUUCUGCGUUUCAAACUCCGACGCCACCGUACUCCUCAUGAAACUCCGAUGGAACUCGCAGCUUCUUUCAGAGCGGCUGAGCCAAGAAAACAAGAAACUGUUGACUGAGUCAGGUUUGAAACCAGUUGAUGUUACCGACUCGAACCAAGAUUUGUCCGAUUCUUCUUGUGAUGAGUUUUAUGAGUUCUUUGAUGACGUCGAUGAUGAUGAUCGAGAUGAUGUUGUUAAAGUCUCCACACCCUUUUGUUCUCACAAGUUCUCCACUGCUUAUUGGAGUAAGUAUCUCGAGAAGAACUUCUUCUCCGUGGAGAAAACCGUAGAUACAAUCUCUUGCCCUCAUGAAAACUGUGGAGCUUCUGUUGGACGAGACACGAUCGAGAAGCUAACGGUGAACGAUAAAAACAGUUACGAUGAGUACGUUCUGAGAUCUUACCUCGAGAAAAGCAAGAGACAGAUCAAGCAAUGUCCUGCACAGGGUUGCAGUUACUUCAUUGAGUUUCAUAAAGGGACCGAUGCUGAAGAGUAUGGCUUAAACGUUGUGUGUCUAUGUGGACACACCUUCUGCUGUAGAUGCAGCCUUGAGACACACAGACCUGUGACAUGCAACAACGCCUCUGAUUGGCUGUCUAGAGACUUACAGAAGCUGUCAGAGGCAUCAGAGAAGUCACUGAGCUUUUUAUGGAUCGAAGACAACACGGAGACUUGCCCUCAUUGCCUAUCUCCUUUGGAGAUUGGUCUUGGUUCACUAGACUCCAAGUUCGUUCCUUGUGGCUACUGCAGUGGUAGCUUCUGUUGGGAGUGUAUGCACUCUGAAGAAUCCCACAAAACGGAAUCAGGAACCUAUGGAGACUGUCUUGAACCAGUAGAGCAGGAUCCACUCUGGAACGUAGAAGUGGUGGAUACUUCGUGUUUGGAUCGCUGGGAGGCGUGUGAGGUUUCAUUGGUGGAAGCUAGAUCCGAGCUCCAAGCUUUCAAGGAAUCCGACAACACCAGCGAAGAGUACAUUAGGAUUGUAAGAGACGGUCUGAUGCUGAUUGUUCAGUGCAGACAGUUCCUUAAAUGGACCUGCGUGUACGAACACAUCCACUUGGAGUACGAGGCCUCGAAGAAGGAGUUUCUGAGGUUCCUUCAAGACUACGCAAACACACUUGUCGAGAGAUACGCAGAGACUUUGAAGGAGGACACAAAAGCCUUGUCUGCUGCACAGCUUGUUUGCAAUGUACCCGCCGUGACAAGCAGCAUUGGUAACUACUUUUAUAACUUCUCCAAGGCUUUGAAAGAUGGUUUGGACGCUGUGAAGGUGAAGCACUAUGACGACUUUGCUCCUUGCUGGUUGUGUGACCGCUGCAGCUCCGCAAACACUUGGCUACAUAAGGCGUGUCAGAUGUGCUGUGAAUCUCCUGUGGUUGAAGCAAAGUGAUUCGUUUCUUAACUAGGUUUCUUCUUAAAGAUAGAACAAACGUAUUAGUAGACAAUGAAACUUGAGAGUCUUUUGCUGCUCUGUUAAUUUCUUUUGAGUCUAGUUCUCGUCAUGUCUUUUCACCAGUUUGGAUAAAAUCAAUGUAUUUCAUCUCUUUUCAA